UGGAGUUGGAUAGUCAGUGCGAAUCAAGCCUUUACAUCCUAAGAAAUACUUGGCUUGGAAAAAAUAAAAGUUUCCAACCUUUGUUUGAAAAUUUCCUUAUAAAUUUAUUCCAACGGUAAGGACGAUGAAGAACCCAUCAUCUCUAAUAAUUCUGACACUUUGCACAUUUUGCUGGCACUCCUCCCACUCGAAGCCACUUAGCUUGGACAAUGGUCUAGAUGUUGAACUCAUCGACAACGGGACAACUUACAAACUGACGAGCAUGCAGGAUGGAAUGGUCAUCACUGUACUUCCAGGCGGUACCGUCAUUACGGAUGAAUGGAAAGGUCACGAAGAGCAGAAAUGGACUAUAUUUGAGCAUCCCAGGGAUCAUCUUGCUCUGGUGUUUGUCAACUACGCCGUGCCAUACAAUGACCUCAGUGGUUACGAAGAACUAGAAGAUAAUCCGGGGAUCUUCCCCCGACCUCUGACCCUCAAUAAACACAGGAUCAUGCCGGAUCUGAAAAGGGAACAUGCUGUUCAACUGCAGGAAGACCACUUCCCCGUUCCAUGGCAAAUUAUUAUCAGGAAUCGUUGGUGUCUGCAAAACAACGGGCAAUACAGACAACUGGAUAUCGAUGAUUGUGAGUACGAUCCGGCCCCUUGGCAAUAUUGGGAAUUAAGCAUUGUUCCACUUGGACAACCUGAGGAUUUGUCCUGAUCUCUUCGACCUAUGUCGUAAUCGUCUUCUAAAAUGCAUACUCAUCUACAUUUAAUUUAUUAUAGCGUAAUCUCUUGUUUUCUCCAUUUUUAUACACCUACUUAUAAAACUUAAGCAAAUUAAACGAAAUGUUAACCAAA